UUAUCAUUUUCACACACAUCACAUUGCUAAUGCAACAUCUCAGCUUUAUCAAUGACUCUAAAAGAACAAUCUUAAACAUUUUGGUAUAUAUCUUUCUUACCCUAUUCACCAAUUCUAACAUAUCACAACCAGUGCAUGCUGAGCUGAAGCUUUUUGUAUAACAUUUUCAACCCUCUCUGUCUGUUCUUAUUCAACAGACUUUCUAUUAAUGUGUUCCACACUUUUGUAUCUGUGUUGAAUAUGUGAUGGAUGUGCCACAAACUCCAACCCCUUCUCCACAUUUGUAUCCACAAGAACUUCAACUUAAGCUUUACCAAGCCUUCAUCUUUUCCAUUCCCAUACUCUUUUCCAUCAUUCUGGUUCUCUUGUUUUACUUGUUCUACCUCAAAAGGAGAGCUUCCUCUCUUUCAUCACCACCUCUCCACAUACUUACCAACACUGCCAAUCCUCAAACAACAUAUCCUUACCCUUCACAACCUUGCCGAUUAGAUCUGACAGUGCAAUUUCUUGACAAACUUCCAAGAAUUUUAUUUGAUGAGGAUUGUGGAACAAGAGAUUCAGUAUGUUGUGUUUGCCUUGGAGAAUUUGAGCUGAAGGAAGAACUGCUACAAAUUCCUUAUUGCAAGCAUGUGUUUCACAUAAGCUGCAUAUGCAACUGGUUGCAAUCAAACUCCACGUGUCCGCUUUGUAGAUGUUGCAUCACACCCUCCACCAAGUUCCUUAAUACACCCUCACCUAUUGUAUCAGACUCACCACAGCAGGGUGGAAUUUCAGGCUCUUCAUCACACAUCAUGUCUAUUCCUCAGCAACAAGAAGAUCAAGUUGGUAAUUCCACAAACACUACCAUUUUCCAAGGAAAUGGUGUAUUACUUAGAUGAUCAUAUUUUUCAAUUCAAAGAAAACAUUCAACUUGCCCUC